AUGGAAUUCGGUGUAAUAUUAGGGUGUGUUAUAACAACUUUAAUUUGUUUAAUUUUUGUUAUUAUUUGUUCAUUUUCCUCUCUGCAAGUAAAUGAAUAUGGUUUAGAUUAUAGCUCUAUUUCUAAGACUAUUAGCUAAACUCCUUUUGAAGCAGGUGUUCACUUUUUAGGUAUUGGACAUCAUUUCCUUGUAUUCCCAAAAACAGUUAUCAAUAUCGAAUUCAGUAAUGAGCGUGGAGCAAGUGCUGGUAUGAUUAUGGGAAGAACUUAAGAUGGUCUUUAAGUUAACUUAGAAAUAUCAUUUUAAUACAAACUUCUCGUAAAGGACCUCUAUAACCUCUACACAAGAUUUGGUUUAAAAUAUGAACAAGUAUUUGUAUAUUAAUCUAUUGAUAUCCUGUAGGAAAUGGCUACUAAAUACACAGCAUCAGAUUUUUUCACAGAUAGAUUUAACAUAGGAACUGAAAUGUAAAAUAAACUGAAUGAAUAUUUCUAAAAAGAAUUCUGCUCUAUUGUAGAAUUUUUCUAACUGAGAAAAGUUGAUUUACCAGAUAAAUUCGAACAUUCAAUUUAGGAAACAGAAGUUUAAAAGCAAUCAAUUUCAAAAGCCUAAGCUCAAAAGUAAAAAAUAGAAGUUGAACUCUCUACUAAAUUAAUGGAAGCGGAAUAUCAAGCCACUGUAGUUAAAAAUCUUGCAAAGGGUGAUGCCUAAUCAAUUAAAUAUGAUGGUGAAUCUAAAGCUAGAGCCUUCUAAGAAGUUCAAGACGCUUAUGGUCUGUAAUAUAAGCACAUUAAGGAUGAUCUCUAAUUUGACAACCUUUCUCUUACAAAGUACAUGAAAUCUAAAAUUAUUAGAGAAUACGAAGGAAAUGAACUUAUCAUUAACCUUGAUUAAACUGAUGCUGGAAGCAAGAAGUGA